GUGCGUGUUCUGCCACCGCCGUGGACAUCGAAACCGCGUGGUUCGAUGUCGCGAACAUCUAUCUACCUAUCUAGCAGCUUGCGAACUGCACGACAAUACCUCCAAUUCACCCCCGAAAUUCACCCACCCUAUCCCACAGAUGCCUCUUCAAACGUCGACAUAACCAACCCCUUGAUCCCGCGCCCCUACCCACUAAAAAUACAACCUCCACUGCGCCACCCGUUUCUCGAUCUCACACCCGAACAUCCCCCCACGACACGCCUCACCUCACCUCACCACACCGCAACAGAGAAAAACAAACCAUGUCCUCCCACCUCUCUAAAACAGACACACACCUCUACCGCCCCCCCUCCUCCACCACCUCCGUCCCACCAACAAAACGCACCAAACACACCCCCAGCGCCCCCACCCCCUCCUCCCUCACCUUCACCUCAACCCUCUCCAGCCUCCUCUCUCGCCCCCCCUCCCCCCCCGGUCCGCGCGCCUCCCGCGCCCACGCAAAAAAGAAAGACGAUAUCUUCACCGCUCACCGACGGCGACGGAAAGAUAAAGAUACACGGGGCAGAGAAGGGGGGGAACAAGAUAUCGGCGGGGUGGAUGAAGAGACGCUCGAGCGGUCGAGGAGGAAGAUGGAGGAGAAAGCUAAGAGGUACCGUGCUAUGAAACGGGGGGAUAUAGAUGUAGCCGAGGGCGGAGAGGGGGCGGGGGGGCUGGUGGAGUGGGAUCGCAAAUGGACUGAGGCGGGGGAGAAGGGGGAGGGGAGCGAGGAUGAGAGUGAACUUGAGGAAGGGGGGGGAACGUUCGCGGAUCUGGAGAAGGUGGAGUUUGAGGAUGAGUAUGGACGUCUGAGAGAGGGUACGAAGGCCGAAAAAGACCGUAUGGAGCGGCGCCUACGGAAUCAGCUUAGAGGAGCCGAGGAACUCGACCGCAUGUCCGCCCGCCCCCGCGCGCCAGAGGGACUCAUACACGGCCCCACCAUCCAAAGCUCCGCCUUCAACCCCGACGCCGAGAUCGAGGUGAAAAUGGACGAACUAGCGCGGAAGAGGGAUAGAAGCCCGACGCCACCGGAAGCGGUACAUUAUGAUAGUAGGAAGGAGGUUAGGAGUCGCGGGGUGGGGUUUUAUCAGUUUUCGAGAGAGGGGAGAGGGGGGGAGAUGGAGGGGUUGGAGGGGUUGAGGAGGGAGACUGUUGGGAUGAGGGGGGAGGAUGGGGGGGGUGGGGAGGAGGAGGGGGAGGGAGGGGGGAAUGGUGGGGGAGGGGGUGGAGGGGGUGGAGGGGGGUUGGUGGCGAGGUUGAGGGCGAGGAGGGAGGCGGAGGUGUUUUUGGAGGGGUUGGAGGGGGUUGGUGGGGGGGAGGAAGAUGGGGGAGGGGGGUAG